UACAAAGAAAGAAAACACGAAGAAAGAGAAUGGAAAGAAAGAUCAUAUGAAGAAAGAUAAUACAAAAAAAGAUAAUAUAAAGAAAGACAAUAUGAAGAAAGACAACAACAAAAAAGAGAGCAAAAGGUCUCAAAAGAAAAAAUCUGGUGUCUGCUCAGUGCUUGGCAAAUUCUUGCUUGUUAUUGUGCUCUGUUCCUCAGCAUUUGUCACGUUAUACUUUCUGAAUGAUAAUGUUCGUGAAAUUGUUGAUCCCCAUAUUGAAAAAGCAAAGAUAGUUUCAGAUGCCUACAUUGGAAAAGCUAUGUUAACCCUGUUUCCAAAAAGUGAUGCUCCAGACACUGAUACUCCAGAAGAAAAAGUGAAAGAAUCUUACCCAUUAGAAAAUGAUUUUAUUGAUGAUGGUGAAGGAGAAUUACAAGGCAAUUUACCACCUCCUGAUACAAAAGAAUCUGAUUCUUUGGGCGAUGACAAGUUGAAAGAAAGUAAAUCACAAAAAACUGCUGAAGCAAUAAAGGAAACAGCUGAAAAAAGUCAAAAGGCAGCAGAGGAGGCUAAGAAGGCUGAAGAGGCUAAGAAAGCUGAAGAAGCCAGAAUAGCAGCAGAAGAGGCUAAGAAAGCUGAAGAGGCCAGAUUAGCAGAAGAGGCUAAAAAAGCUGAAGAAGCCAAAAUAGCAGCAGAAGAGGCUAAGAAAGCUGAAGAGGCCAGAUUAGCAGAAGAGGCUAAAAAAGCUGAAGAGGCCAGAAUAGCAGCAGAAGAGGCUAAAAAGGCUGAAGAGGCCAGAAUAGCAGCAGAAGAGGCCAGAAUAGCAGCUGAAGAGGCUCAACAAGCAGAAGAAGCCAGAAAAGCCGAGGAGGCUAGACUAGCUGAAGAGGCUCGACAAGCAGAAGAAGCCAGACUAGCUGAAGAGGCUCGACAAGCAGAAGAAGCCAGAAAAGCUGAAGAGGCUAGACAGGAAGAAGAAGCGAAGAGAGCUGAAGAGGCUAGACAGGAAGAAGAAGCUAAGAGAGCUGAAGAGGCUAGACUGCUAGAAGAGGCAAGAAUAGCAGAAGAGGCUAGACUAGCAGAAGAGGCUAGACUAGCAGAAGAGGCUAGACUGGAAGAAGAAGCUAAGAGAGCUGAGGAAGCUAGACAGGAAGAAGAGGCUUGGAGAGCUGAGGAAGAGGCUAGACGGGAGGAAGAGGCUAGGAGAGCUGCUGAGGAAGAGGCUAGACGGGAGGAAGAGGCUAGGAGAGCUGCUGAGGAAGAGGCUAGACGGGAGGAAGAGGCUAGGAGAGUCGCUGAGGAAGAGGCUAGAAGAGCUGCUGAGGAAGCUAGACGGGAGGAAGAGGCCAGGAGAGCUGCUGAGGAAGCUAGACAGGAGGAAGAGGCUAGGAGAGCUGAGGAAGCUUGGAGACAGGAAGAAGAGGCUAGGCGGGAAGAAGAAGCUAGGAGAGCUGAAGAGGCUAGACAGGCAGAAGAGGCUAGGAGAGCUGAGGAAGCUAGACAAGCAGCUGAGGAGGCUAGGAGAGUUGCAGAGGAAGCCCGAGAAGCAGAAGAACUUAGAAAAGCAGAAGCUGAAAAAGCAGCUGAGGAGGCCCGUAGAUCUGCUGAAGAAGCACAACGAGAAGCAGAAGAAGCAAGAAAAGCAGAGGAAGUGAGAAUAGCUGCAGAAGAGGCCAGGAGAGAUGCAGAGGAAGCAAGGGAGGCUGAAAGACAAAAAGAAGCUGAAAGACUAAAAGAGACUGAAGAAGCUAGUGAAAAAAUAGAAGAAUCAAAUAAUUCAGCUAAAUCAAAAAAAAAGUCAAAAAAAAUGAAUCUUAUAAAAAAAGUGACAUAACCAAUGAAGAUGAUCGCAAAAUUCAAAAAGAACUGGAUGCAGCUGAUGAAUUAUUGGAAAAAGUGAGUCCUUAAAUGAAAAUAAAUUUAUAAUUGUAAUUUU